AUGAAGAGGAAGGAGAGAGAUGAAGCCGAAGAGGGAGACCAGCGUGAAGAAGAAGUAGAAACCAAAUCCGAGAAGGAAGAGGGCGUAAAAAGGCUCAAGGAGGACACUGCAGUGCGGGCGCCCUCUGCUCUCCACGAUUCGGUCGUACACGAGCUUCGCCGCUUGGGCCAACUGGCGCCGUCAUUCGUUGAGCUCAACUCGUUCGCGUUCCCCUCCGACGUGCUGUUCGAGAGCGAGGCGUGGGACCUGUGCGAGGUCGAGCUGAGGAACUGGUGGGCACCGUCGACCCGCGGUGGAAGACCUGCUGUCGAGAUCGGGUCGGCCAAGCGACGAAGCAGCGACACUUACAAGGAUGGUCGCGAUGGCCCGAUUGGAGCGGACGACGAGGGCAUCCCGCUUGCCGACUUCCUCGCUGGUCUGCAAGUCCCUGGAGACGAAGAGGAGGACGACGACGACCAAGACGAUGAUGACGAUGGCGGUGACAACGCUGACCCCUAUUCGGGGUUCAUCUCCGCCAUUGUCGCCGGCGAGGAGCUGCCGUCAGAGGACGAAGACGACGACGACCACGACGCCGACCAGGACGACGAAGAAGACGCCGACUUCGAGCUCGAAGAUGAGGGCGAUGACUAG